GUUUGAAACCUGAGCGAGUGCAGACCUCAUUAAUUUUGUUCUUAUUUUACUUCACGCUGUUUUCACCCAUUUGGGAAAACAAUCCCGAUCAUCUCCUCCUCAGGGCAGAUUCCAAACGAGUGGCCGGCCUCAAAUAAAGGUUGGUGGGCGUGUUCCCCGCCCGAGGCCCGCGUUGGACCGCGCAGAGGCUGAGGAAACCACCCCGCGCCGAGCAGCGGGUAUAAAGAGCCCAGCUGCGGCCGCGGGGCAGCUCUGGACUUUGCAGGAGUAAACGCUAGCCUCGUCGGUCAGCAUCUGUACCGAGUAGCAGUCCGGACACCACAAAGAUGGCACCCAUUGGGGGCAAAAAGGCCAAGAAGGGCAUCCUAGAACGUUUAAAUUCUGGAGAGGUUGUGAUUGGAGAUGGAGGGUUUGUGUUUUCACUGGAGAAGAGGGGUUAUGUGAAGGCAGGUCCCUGGACCCCGGAAGCUGCUGUGGAACACCCAGAAGCAGUGCGCCAGCUUCAUCGAGAGUUCCUCAGAGCUGGAUCGAAUGUCAUGCAGACCUUCACCUUUUAUGCAAGCGAAGACAAGCUGGAGAACAGAGGAAACUACGUUGCAGAGAAAAUAUCUGGGCAGAAAGUCAACGAAGCUGCUUGCGACAUUGCCCGGCAAGUGGCCGAUGAGGGAGACGCUUUGGUAGCAGGAGGUGUGAGCCAGACUCCUUCAUACCUGAGCUGCAAAAGUGAAACCGAAGUGAAAAAAGUAUUCCAGCAACAGUUAGAGGUCUUUAUGAAGAAGAAUGUGGACUUCUUGAUUGCAGAGUAUUUUGAACAUGUGGAAGAGGCUGUGUGGGCAGUUGAAGCCUUGAAAGCAUCUGGAAAACCAGUGGCAGCGACCAUGUGCAUUGGCCCAGAGGGAGAUUUGCAUGGCGUGACCCCCGGCGAGUGUGCAGUGCGCCUGGUUAAAGCAGGAGCUUCCAUUGUGGGCGUAAACUGCCAUUUUGACCCCGCCAUUAGUUUGCAAACAGUGAAGCUCAUGAAGGAAGGCCUGCAGGCUGCCCGGCUGAAAGCCCACUUGAUGAGUCAGCCCUUGGCCUACCACACUCCCGACUGCAGCAAACAGGGAUUUAUCGAUCUGCCAGAGUUCCCCUUUGGAUUGGAGCCCAGAGUUGCAACUAGAUGGGAUAUUCAAAAAUACGCCAGAGAUGCCUACAACCUGGGGGUCAGGUACAUUGGUGGAUGCUGUGGAUUUGAGCCCUACCACAUCAGGGCGAUUGCAGAGGAGCUGGCUCCAGAAAGGGGGUUUUUGCCACCAGCUUCAGAAAAACAUGGCAGCUGGGGAAGUGGUUUGGACAUGCACACCAAACCCUGGAUUAGAGCCAGGGCCAGGAAGGAAUACUGGGAGAAUCUUCGGAUCGCCUCAGGCAGGCCUUACAACCCUUCAAUGUCAAAGCCGGAUGCUUGGGGAGUGACCAAAGGAACAACUGAGCUCAUGCAGCAGAAAGAAGCCACAACUGAGCAGCAGCUGAGAGAGCUCUUUGAAAAACAGAAAUUCAAGUCUGCAUAGUAGCCUCAGUGGAACACAAUUUUGUGAAUUCCUCUGUUUGGGCCACAGUUCUCAGAAAUAAGGAAAAGAUGGUCAAAAAGCAAUGUUCAUAUUAAUGCCAGCCUACACAUAAAAUUGUUAUGAGCUGAACAAAACAGAAUUACAAAUAGCACCUGACAAUUUUAAAAGUACGUUUUAGAAGUUUUCUUAGAAGCAAAACAAGUAAGAAGUAAAUCUUAAGCUGGUUGACUAAGUACCCAGCAUGUAUAUAAGGUAUUAAAGAAGUCACUGUGGCCAAGGAAAAGUAAUUCAGACAUUAAUCCCACUUCAAGAAGUUCGCAGGCUAGUAAGGAGGAUGAGCUGUGAACUGUCAUAAGUGGCUCAGCAGCCAGACAGGGGCAGAUAUAGUGCUUUAGGGAAAUGACUUCCAAGCUCCUUUGAACGUGACCCUUAGCAAGAAAUACAAUUUAUAUAAUGACCCCAGUUAAGCACAUAUCAUACAACCAUUGAAAUAAAAUGUGUGAUCUGUUCUGGCAU